CUAGUCACCAGUGCAGGCAUCUGUCCUUCAAGCGGAGUACGGAUCGAGAGCGACCAGACUUUUAAGAACAUAGUGGACGUCAACUUGAUUGGUAAUUGGAACUGCGCUACAGAACUCUUAAGAUGCAUAGAGGCGUCUGAUGAUGGCUCAUUGAAGUCAGAUCGAGCAAGUCUUGUAUUGAUCGGCUCAAGCGCAUCACUUAAAGGCUUCCCAACUCUUGGUGGAUAUGCUGCGAGCAAGCAUGCUGUAGUGGGACUGACAAGAGUGUGGUCAGAGGACUUUGCUCCUUUUGGAGUGCGUGUCAAUCUUGUUGCGCCAGGU